UCCAUUUUAUGAGAUUCCUUAUCUUCAACAUGGUAUCAGUAGAAAUUGCUUCCGCUUCUCAUUUCUAAUUCGUCAUGGCGGCGCGGCGAGGCGGCGGCGGUGGAGCUGCAAAUCAUGUUCCGCCGGCCGAGGACUUCUCCAGUCCAUAUUUUUUGCAUCCAAGCGACAAUCCAGGUAUUCAAUUGGUGUCUCAAGUGCUUGAUGGCUCCAAUUAUGUCAACUGGAGUCGAUCGAUGUCUACUGCUUUAUUAGCUAAAAAUAAACUGGUGUUUACCAAUGGCACUCUUCCUAAACCUCAAGAUGAUGAUCUCCUCUACCACGCAUGGAUCCGAUGCAAUAGUAUGGUAGUAUCAUGGAUCAGAAAUUCCUUAUCUCCUCAAAUUUGCUCUAGCAUAAUGUACUUAGAUGAUGCCAAAGAGAUCUGGAUAGAUCUGCGCGAUCGGUUCUCUCAAUGCGACUCUGCUCGCAUAUACCAACUCAAGCAGAAAAUCAUGUUUCUAACUCAGGGUGAAGACGAUGUGAAUAGCUACUUCACUAAUCUUCGGAUCGUUUGGGAUGAGUACAAGCACACUCAACCUAUUUCGUGGUGUGUAUGUACAACUUGCAGAUGCCAGAGUUCAACAAAAUGGCAUAAUCAUCAAGAAGCUGAAUGUGUUAUGCAGUUCCUGAUUGGAUUAAACUCCACUUACUCUCAGAUUCGUUCACAUAUACUAUCUAUGGUGCCUUUGCCUACUCUAUCUAAAGCCUUUUCUAUGGUUCUCCAAGAAGAGAGGCAGCGCACCAUAGGGGGGAUCGACUCAUCAAAGCAUACUCACAGCAUACCUCCAUCUCCAAGUGAACAACCUUACUCUACAAAUACUGCUUCUGGAUAUUAUAAUCGGGGAAGAGUUUGCUCUCACUGUGGAAAAACCAACCAUACGGUUGAUAAAUGUUUUGCCUUACACGGUUUUCCACCAAGCUUUGGAAAAGGAAAGUCCAAACCAAAUUACAAUUCCAGAGAUUUUGUUUCUGCUAAAUCUGUGAAUUUUGUUGAUGACAGUUUAGCUGACUCGAAUGAGAAGAGUCCAGUUGGAUCAGCUAUGCCAACUUUUGAUCAGUGUCAACAGCUGAUAGCUCUUUUGCAGAGCCAACUUGCCACUGGACCUCCCUCUACUUCCACUUCAGCCGCACAACAAAGUCCACCUCCUACACAAUCUCCAUCAUCUCCUUUCACAGGGAGCUUCUCAGGACAUUGUGAUUGGGAAGGGUAGAAGAUUGGGGAACCUUUACACUCUAGAUGUCAAUUCUGAUCAAGACAUCUCUCAAGCAUCCUCUGCUCAAAUCUCCAGAAAUCUACCUGCUUUAGAUUCCCACUCUCAGUCAUCUUGUAUCAAUUCUGUUGUUAGUAUUGACAUUUGGCAUAAAAGAUUGGGCCAUUUAUCCUUUGAGAAACUGAAAUUCAUGUCAGAUAUUCUAUCCAUAUCAAAUAAAGUUCAUGAUAUUUGUGAUAUCUGUCCUCUAGCCAAGCAGCAACGUUUAUCUUUUCAUAUAUCUGAGAAUGUUGCUGAAUCUGCCUUUGAUCUUAUCCAUUGUGAUGUUUGGGGUCCUUUCUCCCAUCAUACACAUCAAGGAUAUAGGUAUUUCUUGACAAUAGUGGAUGAUUAUUCCAGGUUUGUUUGGACCUUUUUGAUGCAAAACAAAUCUGAUGUUCAAUCCAUCCUUCCUCAGUUUUUCACCACUGUCAAGACUCAAUUUUCCACAAAUAUCAAAGCCAUUAGAUCUGAUAAUGCUCCAGAAUUCCAUAUACCCUCUUUAUACACUUCUUUUGGGACUAUCACACAACAUUCUUGUGUUGAAACACCCCAACAAAAUGCAAGAGUUGAAAGAAAACACAAGCACCUACUCAAUGUUGCUAGAAGCUUGUUGUUCCAAUCCCAUUUACCUAUUCAAUUCUGGGGAGACUGCAUUCUGGGAGCAUCUUAUCUGAUAAACCGAACUCCCUCAUCUGUUCUUCCUAAUAAUCUCACUCCUUUCCAAAUGCUUUUCAACAAACCUCCCUCAUACACUCAUUUAAGAGUCAUUGGUUGUCUUUGUUAUGCCUCCACAUUAUAUAGAGGCAGAGACAAAUUCUCACCUCGAGCAACAAAAUGCAUUCUGCUUGGCUAUCCAACUGGAUUCAGAGGUUAUAAGCUUCUAAAUUUGGACACAAGACAGGAAUUUAUUACAAGACAUGUUGUCUUCCAUGAAAAUAUAUUCCCUUUAUCUCAUCUCCCAUCUUCACAGUUUCCUGAUCCUGUUAUACAGCGCAUCAAUCCUCAAACUCCUUCCCUCACUGUGUCUUCAUCUCCUUCUCCAUCUCCUUCUUCCACUCCUCUCUCAUCUUCAAAUAUUCCCUCUGACCUUGCUGAUAAUCAGACUGCUACUCCCACUGUGACAAAAUCUGGUAGACAAACCAAACCUCCACAUCAUUUGACAGACUAUAUCUGUAAUUCUGUCACAUCCUCUUCCAUCUAUCCCAUCUCAACCUACUUCAGCUUCUCCAAACUUUCUCCAGAAUAUCUAAAAUAUGUCAUCACCAUGUCUGCCAUACAUGAACCCCACACAUAUGCCCAAGCUUCUGUUAUAAAAGAGUGGCAAUUGGCAAUGCAUGAUGAGUUAUCAGCCUUGAUUAGAAACAACACUUGGAUAAUUACAGUCCUACCACCUGGGAAAGUGCCUAUCGACUGCAAAUGGAUAUACAAAGUAAAGUAUCAUGCAGAUGCUACUGUAGAACGUUUCAAAGCUAGACUUGUGGCCAAGGGCUUCACUCAACUUGAGGGAAUAGAUUUUUUGGACACUUUCUCACCCGUAGCUAAGCUCACUACUGUCAAAAUGAUGCUUGCUCUAGCUGCAAUAUAUGGCUGGUCAUUAAGCCAUCUAGAUGUUAAUAAUGCGUUCUUAUAUGGUGAUCUAGAAGAGGAGAUUUAUAUGACUAUACC